AUGGGGACACGCAUAUUGCCUUUAGAUCCGGAGGUAAAAUGUGAUGAAGAUCUACCUCCAGUUGCGACAGAAAACAAUUGGUCAUUGCUUGUACAGCCAUUUAACUCCACCGACACGCAGGUACUGGAGCAGCUAAGGCAAUCACUUCUUAAAUGUGCCGCGGGGAUCUGUUCUGACGUUGGGUAUGACCUUACCAUCAAACCUACUCUGCUCCGGACCCUUCAGUUCGUCCAGAGGAAGAGGAAGGAACGCGUAGUGUUUGUUACCAAACAGCAGUUUCCCGAAUCCAAUAGCUACCUCACUGAACAAGCAUUGAGCUAUCUGCUGAAGAAGGACUAUGUGCGAGAGUUCCGGUUCGUGCCGGACGAUGAGUCGUCUAGAGUUAUCUGUGUGGAUUCACUCGCCUUUUCAAACCUUGUGGUGAGGUCCCAUCUAGACGCAGGAGGACAUGUGUUCCGCCUUGAGGCCGGAAAGUUCUGGCCUUCAAACAUGGACCGGACACCACCAAAUCCUGAAGUGUUGGCGAGGGUGUUGGAGCAGCUCCAGUCCAGCGGGAUGGUUCCAGAGUCUUUCCUGCCUCUACUCUGGAAUACACCGUACAUUCGCCAGGACCACAUGUACUUGACGAUGGGCGUGAUGGAGUGUCUUGGACUAAUCUGCCACGCCAAUACAUACGGACAGGCCUUGGACCCUUCUCCUGUCCUGGACAUGCCGUUCUUCAACUACCUGUCUGGUGUCCGUAUACGGCACGUCAUGUUAAUGAACAAACUCACAGAGGUCAAACCGGUCCUGCAUUGGACGGACAACCCACACAAGGGAGACUUCCAGAUAACAGUACAUUUCUGCUGUCCGUCCGGAAUGCCUGUCGGUGUGGUGUUGCGGGUACUAGCUUUGUGUCUAAAUGUGACGAAGCCCUUCACCCAGUACAGCCAUAUUUGGCAACAAGGUGUCCUAAUACAGCUGGGGCACGAGGUGAAGAUACACGUGCACGCCUUUACUAAUGAGCUGGACUUUACUGCACGCGUGGUGUCGGAUUCGUACUCUGACCUAAAGAUGGCUACACAGGUGUUGUGGAUGACUGUCGCGCCCUGCCUUGGCAGUCUGCUUGAAUUGUUAUCCUCGUUCCCGGGACUAGCCAUAGAGACGUACCUGAGUUUCCGAGGUGACCCUAAUUUUGAUGAGGUAUUUAGAAGGUCAAGUACUGACCGGCGACUGACCAUUGACCAGCUCGUUUCUAAACAGCUGCUGUUACACACCGAGUCGGUGUCGUCUAAGUGGCUCAUCCCCUUUAAAGUGGACAGCUCUGUGACGUCAUUCGAGACUUGGCUAGCGUUUCUAAUGGCUAAUCGGAAGGAUGUGCUGCAGAUUCUUGCCCCGGACUUGCUGUUUCCACCCGAUCCAAAUUCACUUCCAGUGAACGUUUCUACUGAUAACAUGCCUCGGAAAACCACAAGAAAGACUUCCAAAGUGAGCUGGAAUAUUGAAAAUAAAACCAACCAAACAAACAAUAAUAACAACUCGGUUGCAAGAAAACAGGAAGCGCUGAAAGAAACUGCUCUAUGUAAGGCAGAUACCCCUAUCAUAACUUCGGUCAAAUUGGCAUCUGAAACGAAAAGUGCUCAUGUGUCGCCGACUAGCAAUCAAACGGCUUCCUCACACCAGGGGGUGCACCCAGGAUUCGAUGAACAGAUAGCACUCAAAGUUGCAUCGUCUCUGUCCGCGGCAGUUCUAUCUUCAAGUGUAGCGAGGUUCAUGGAAGAGGAGAACACCGUCCGCCGUACAUGGUCACCUGCACAGGUUCUUGCCGUGCGUGAGAUCUCAAGACUGUCAUCUUCGGUAUGGGAGGGAGAUAUGACCAAAAUUUCCUCUGCCAUCUCAAAUGCUGUAGCAAACAAUCAACGAUCAUCGGACGUGAAGGUCUCGAACGGUCACUCACCGGCCAUCCAUUCUACGAGGUUCUGCGUUGUGUUGUAA